UAAAAUGUUUAAUUUGAAUAAUAAUAAAUUCCUUUAUCGAUAAUACAGUUGAUAAGUCUAGUGAAAUCAGUGAACCUCAACUGUUUAAUUAUCUGAACAAUGGCUUGGUUUAGUGUAACGGUGCUUCUGUUGCUAGAAUCGGUCGAUUGUGGAAAACCGAAAUCCCGGUUUAACAAUCUUAAGUGCGAGUCAUAUGAUCUAGCCUUUUCAAAAUUCAAGAAGUGCAAGCUUAAUGUUGUCGGUAGGGGUGUUGUUGCCUUGAAUGUGUACAUCAAUUUGUUCAAAGUGCCGAUCUACAAUGUGAAUAUUAACUGGAGCUUUUGGCGCCGAUACAAUACUUUCCAACCAUUUCUGUACAAUAUCAGCUCCAAUUUCUGUGAACUCGUCGCACAUCCGAACAUGUUCACAUUUGAGGGACUUGUGCUCAAGGCAAUCAUGACACGCUCCAAUUUAAAUCACACUUGUCCCUAUGAUCACGAUAUCAUUAUUGAUAAUUUGGUGUUCUACGAUGGAUUCCUAAAUUCGCUGCCAUUGCCACAAGGCGAGUACAAAGUAAAAUUGCUUUUUGCUGCGGAUAAAAUCUGGAGACUUAUGGUCGAAGUGUACAUCCUGAGGGAAGAAUAAGUCGAAAAACAAAAUCAUAAUUGAUUUUUUAUACAAUUUCAUUUUUAUUAUGCAAAUCUCACAACUUGCUCACAAAAUUUGGUGGCAAAUAAAACAAAUACAUUUUA